AUGAGGGCUGAGGAUGAUAUUGACAGCCAGGCAUAUAAAUCCUCGAAUGGACUGUCUAGUAACCGUGAGAAAGUGACCCAGGAAUUUGGCCAAACCGGGCGGAUUGGCGAUACGGGACCGAAACAUGGACUUGUGAAAAAUCCCGUGUUAGUAUUUGGCGCGUACAAACGAGUUGACAGGAAAAUCAAGCCAGUACCUGGAGUAUACCCAGAAGAUGCCAAGGUAACCAGGCAGUUUCCUCGCAACCCUCUGACUGGCUUGACAAAAUUACCGGAGCGCCCACCUGAUUUUACUCCAACUCAGAAAAUAACCCAAGAACGCAUGAAUGCUAUGGACAUAAAUAGUGAUCACUACUUAUGGCCAGAAGAGGAGAAACUGAUAAAGCAUGUUCUAGUUAAGAAUGAACGUGCGCUCGCGUUCGAAGACCAUGAAAGGGGAAUUUUUAGAGACAACUAUUUUUCGCCAUAUAUUAUCCCUGUGGAACCGCAUGUCCCUUGGGAGCAUCCGAAUAUACCCAUACCACCAGGACACCGAGAGGAAGUUAUCCGCAUGCUCAAGGAAUUUAUCGCUCAUGGAGUAUACGAACCAAGUCAAUCGUCAUAUCGGUCAAAAUGGUUCUGCGUAGCAAAGAAAAAUGGCAAG